AUGCCUACACUUCUGAAGGCAAAUCCUCCGAUAGUGUGUGAAGAAGAGCCACCCACGUACGAUAAAUUGUCCCUUUCAUCAACUACGUCAGAUACAGGUCGACCUUCCCUAACGGAUGAAACAAUAGAAAUAUGUGAUAAAGGAUCGUAUCUUUCCGUUCCCGAAUAUCGUAGAAAGCCUGUCAAACGUAGAGCAUCCUUUAAAGAAAUCGCUUCUGAAUACACCAAGGAGUUCAGUAAAGCAGUUCGGAUAUCAAAAGAGCACGAUGAAAGCCGUCCUAUUCACAACGCUUGGGUCGAAUUCUGUCAAUCUACUACCUUUCAUGGUCUUUCAAUGGUUCUUACGUUUCGCCAUGUUGUUAUGCAAAUUCUGUGGCUUCUUUUCACUCUCAUGUCAAUGGUCAUUCUCGCUUAUAACAUUAUUCUUGUGAUAGAAAAAUAUCAACGAAAUGACAAGAUUGUUAACGUGGAGCUUGAGUUUGAAUCAGCUCCGUUUCCAGCAAUAACUGUCUGUAAUCUAAAUCCUUUCAAAAAACAUCUCGCUCGAACUGUUCCAGAGAUUAGUGAGACGCUAGAUGCAUUUCAUCAAGCCGUUGUGUUCAGUAAUGAUGCUCAAUUUGAAGAGACGACGUCUAGAAAAAAGCGAAGUGCCAAAAAUGGUGGAUUCCGGUUCGUGCAGUAUGAGCCAGUGUUUUCAGCUUGCGAAUGCGUAAAAGGAUUAAAUAAAGAAUGUGUUGGAAAAGAUUCCGUUCCACCGAGCUUAGAAUCAGCUUGUAUCUGUAAUUACGAUCGACAAGAUGGAAGCGCAUGGCCGUGUUAUAGCACAAGCACAUGGCAAGAAGCUAUUUGUCCCGAAUGCAAUGAUAUUGGCUUUUGCAAUGUUCCGAAUACAACUGGAACUGAGUCGCAUCCCUGCAUGUGUCAAUUGAAAAUGGGUUAUUGCGUUUUGAAAUCGGAUUCUCGAAUUAAGCGUGUUUGGGAGUUCCGCGGAAAUAAAAUUCCGGAUCGUGACAGUCCGUUCAGAAAAGAUUUCUUAGAACAGUUAUCAAAGCUUGGUUAUGGAAACAUGACUGAUCAGGUAGCUAUCACAACCCAAGCCAAAGAAAAACUUAUUUUGAAAAUGUCUUCGUUACAUCCUCAACGUCGCGCCGCCCUGGGAUAUGGAAAGGCAGAGCUAAUUCGGAUGUGUUCCUUUAACGGUUUACAAUGCGAUAUUGAGAAAGAAUUCAAGCUUCAUAUCGAUCCUGCUUUUGGUAACUGCUACACAUUCAACGCAGAUCCAAGAAAAUCAAAAGCCAGUAGUCGCGCUGGUCCAAAUUAUGGUCUUCGUUUAAUGGUUUUUGUGAACUCUUCUGAUUAUCUACCAACAACGGAAGCCACAGGAGUUAGAAUUGCCAUACAUGGUCAAGAAGAGUGUCCAUUCCCUGAUACUUUUGGCUACUCUGCUCCCACAGGAGUCAUCAGCUCGUUCGGUAUUGGCCUGAGGAAAGUCAAUCGAUUGCCAAUACCAUACGGAGAUUGCUAUGAUUCCGAUGGCCCAUUACCAUAUGGCUAUGUUUACAAGAAUUAUAAAUAUGAACCAGAAGGAUGCUAUCGAUCAUGUUAUCAGAGACGAAUGAUUAAUAAGUGUGGAUGUGCAGACCCUCGAUUUCCGGCACCUAAUGAUCGAGUUGUUGUGUGUGACACGCGAAACGAAGAAAUUCAACAAUGCUUGUUAGCGGAAGGAGCUAAACUGAGCACUCGCAAGAACUCAUGUCGAUGUGUACACCCCUGCAAACAGGAUGUCUACAGUACAACUUAUUCAGCAGCUAAAUGGCCGAGUGGUAGUAUCAAAAUGGAAUGUGAAGGACGAGAUCCGGAUUGCAAUUCAUACUAUGGAAAACAUGCCGCUAUGUUAGAAAUUUAUUAUGAGCAGAUGAGUUAUGAAAUUCUGAAAGAGUCCGGUUCAUAUCUGUUCGUUAACCUUAUAUCAGAUAUCGGAGGACAAGCUGGACUCUGGAUUGGAGCAUCUGUCUUAACCUUAUUCGAAAUUUUGUUCUUCUUAUUCCGUUGUUUGACCAUACUGUUGAAUCGGUGUUGUCGAAGGAAACCGAAAAAAAUGGAAGAUGAAAACGAAGAAUCAGCCAUUCCAAAAGAAGGAGAUAGAAAAAAGAGUUUCGGAGAGAAUAACAACAACAAUAACUUCGGCUCAAACAUAUAUAUCAAUUCAUAA